ACGCAGCGGGGUGGGAGGGCGUGGGGUGGGGCAGUGCUGGGAGCAGCGGCGGUGCUGGCAGCAGGAGCAGCAUGAGGGAGGUUUGGUUCCGGGACCACUUCUGGAGCACAGAUCUGACAAGCACGGUUGGCUAUGACAGCAUCAUUCAACAUUUGAACGAUGGCAGGAAGAACUGCAAAGAGUUUGAAGACUUUCUGAAAGAAAGGGCAGUUAUAGAAGAAAAAUAUGGCAAAGAGCUCAUCAACUUGUCGAAGAAGAAGCCCUGCGGGCAGACGGAGCUGAAUACCCUGAAGAGAUCCCUGGAUGCUUUCAAGCAACAGAUAGAUAAUGUGGGACAAGGUCACAUCCAGCUGGCACAAACUCUACGGGAGGAAGCAAAGAAAAUGGAGGAAUUCAGGGAAAAGCAAAAGCUUCAUCGAAAAAAGAUAGAGCUCAUAAUGGAGGCGAUUCACAAGAACAGGAAUUUGCAGUACAAGAAAGCCAUGGAGGCCAAGCGGCUCUACGAGCAGCGCUGCAGGGAUAAGGAUGAAGCAGAGCAGGCUGUGCACCGCAAUGCGAACCUGGUCACACAGAAGCAGCAGGAGAAGCUCUUCCUGAAGCUGGCUCAGACAAAAUCAGCUCUGGAAGAUUCAGACAGGAGUUACCAACAGAGCAUUACUUCACUUGAGAAGAUCCGGGAGGAAUGGCAGAAAGAGCACAUCAAGGCUUGCGAGUUCUUUGAGACUCAGGAGUGUGAGCGCAUCAGCUACUUCCGCAAUGCCCUCUGGCUUCAUGUCAACCAGCUCUCCCAGAGCUGUGUCCAGAAUGAUGAGAAAUAUGAGGAAAUCCGCAAAAGCUUAGAAAUGUGCAGCAUUGAGAAGGAUAUUGAGUUUUUUGUAAAUUUACGCAAAACUGGAAGUUCGGCACCAGCUCCCAUUGUUUACGAAAACUACUACAAUACUCAGAGGAAUGUGACUACUGUGAGAAGUCCAGCUUCUGUACCUAUAUCAAGGAGGGGGCCUCUACCCACCCCGACCAGUGGGCCAGGUGAACCUGAUUAUGCCACAAUUGAUGGCUACAGCUUGAUACACCAUUAAUAGCCACUGUUCUUCAGGCAGAAGAUACUGUUGGCCUGGCCAGCCUGGCAUAAUUGGUGUUUUCAGCUUUUCCCAGCAACACACAGCUGCAGCGCUUCUCCACUCAAGAAAACAUUUGAAGACUCUGAUAAUUAUUUGUACAUGUAGAAAGUACCUACUAAAAAUCUUUUCCUUUGAUUAGAAGACUUCUUGGACAGAUAUCCAGUUUUUACACUCAGGAGAAGAAAAGGCAAAAAAUAAAAGGUGAUGGACUGGGACAUUAUCUCCACCUGAAGAAGAUCUUAAUUUCAAGUUCUUCCAAUAUGCCACCAGCUGGGAGAGCCUGAAGCCUUUUUCUCUCCAGAAAAGUAACUUGCUGAGUGGGAGCUGUGCAAGGCUUUGGGCAUGCUGGCUUGUGUUCAGAGCUAAGGUUGCAUUUUGACCUGUCUCUAAAAUCUUUCAUUAGUAGCGAUUAAACUUGUAAUUUGGAUUUAGUUUCAGUUAUGUUUCUCAAGCAGCUUUUGCAGAGGUGCACUAUGACUUACACUGUGGGUAGGCUAUGCUGUUUUUCAGGCUGAUGGUAUAACUUGUUCUGGUAGGCUGUGUUUAAAUCUGUAACACCAGGAGCUGCUGGCUGUAUGAUCUUCAGGUUGAAUCCACAUGACUUCUCUAUGUGCCUAAGCCCAUUGGUUCCCAGAGAUUUACGUUAUUUCCUCAUGUGGAAAGUAUCAUAAUGAGCUUUAAAUUCUGUCCCGCUACACUGCAAUGAAAUGUACAAGAAAAGGAAUAGUUUGUCCUGUUUUUUUUUGUUUUCCAUAAAAGAUCAAGUAUACAAAUAUGCCUGUUGUAGUUUUAGUUCUUUAAAUACAUAUAUAUUUAAA